AACCCCACUACCCUAAGAUGUGCUCCAUUUUACUGGCCAAGCUCAUCGAUCGACGAUCAGCUUGUAGCAAGAGUAGCUUUGCUUUCUCCAGUUCAGGACAGCACAACCACUCCAAGUAAAGGCGCAGGACAGCAAAGCCGCACAGCGCCGCAGCCGCUAGUAAAAGAAAUCGCACAGCCACACGCGCUGCAGUGCCCCGGGCAGCAUCCCGCAUCCCACCCUCACCGAGACAGUCUCCCCCGAUACCGACCUCCUCCUGUUCAACCAUCCAACCAAUCCAGCAACAAGCAGAAGCAGGAGCAGGGCAGCAGCGUCGCAUCACCCGCGGCGGCCUGGCUCCACCCUAGCCGCGUCAACCCGCAGCGGCGGCGGCCGCCUCGCUCCACCCCGCCGCGACGGCCUCCUCCGCGCCAACCGCGUCGACCCGCGGCGGCGGCCCGGCUCAGCCCCGACCGCGUUGACCAGCCGCGGCGGCCCCUUUCCCCCGAGAGCCCGCCCGAGCUCGGGUGGUGAAGGAGCUCCGGUUGCCGCGCUCCUCCCUGCACCGGCUUCCCUCGCCGACCGCGCUCCGCGGCGCUCCUCCCCGCGCCGGCCGCGCUCGGCCAUGCUCCGCCCAUGCUGGCUGCGCGCUUUGGAGCCGAGCUGCACCCACGACCACGAUAGGCCGUGAAGUCUCGGGAUCGGAGACGGGUGGGUCGGUUCGCUUGUUGGAUCCGGCUAACGUAGAUAAAGUUUGCCCCCCAGUUCCUCUUCAGGCUCGGCUGCAUGCUCACCUGAAUCGAUUCAGAGUCGGAAUUGCCUCGCGAAUCGAUUCGGACCCGAUAUAUGCAGCGCGCGUCCUUAAAACCCGCCCUUGUUGGAAGGAAUCAAGAGCACACACCAGAUUCGCGUCAAGUGCAGUGCAGGGCCCAAGGGCAAGGCUCCUGCUCAACUGGCGCGUGAACGAGCGAGCAGGAAGGAGGGAGAUAGAAUAGCCACAGCAGGAUGGAACGGCAGGUGGACUUGGCGCGUCUACUCCCCGACGACGUGCUCGCGGAAGUCCUCCGCCGCGUCGCGCCGCGAAGCCUCGCCGUGUCCCGCUGCGUCUGCAGGGCGUGGCGCGCGCUCAUCGACGACCGCGGCAUGCUGCACGCGGACCUCCUCCCGCACUCUCUGGCUGGACUCUUCAUCAGCUACAUGAAUCGGCUGUACGCCAAGUUCUUCGCCCGCCCAUCCCUUGAUUACGGCUACCGCAUGCCCAGCGAUACCAUCAUGGACCACUGCAACGGCCUCCUCCUGCUAUACGACGACUGGCUGUACAACCCUGCCACGGACGAGGUUGCGAACUUGCCUGAACGCCCGACGACUCCACGCGCGGGGAUGGAGUUUGUCACUGAGCACGAUGUUUGUUCAUUCCUAGCGUUUGAUCCUACUGUUUCAUCACACUACGAGGUGUUCUUGAUCCCUAGUGUUCCUUGGGAAGAAGAUAUAGUUAAGCGUGCAGCAGGUAGUGCCGUGUUGCAUUCAGAAUGGCCACCGUCACCAUGCAUCCUAAGUGUCUUCUCGUCGAGGACGGGGCUGUGGGAGGACAGAUCAUUUAGCCGACAAGGGGAGGCUGCAGGAACAGUCGCUGACAUUCUACUGGACCAGAGAUCCGAGCCAUAUAGGCAUGCUGAAUACUGGCGGGGCGCACUCUACAUCCACUGCCAAACUGACUUUGUCAUGAGAAUAUCAUCAUCAAAUAGCACAUACCGAGUAAUCAAACCCCCAAUAAGAGGUACUGAAGUACUGUCUAAACAUUCAGAGUUCUUUCUAGGAAGGUCUGAGAAGGGGAUUUACUAUGCAUUACUUGAUAACCACCGCCUGAGGGUCUGGAUCCUUGACGAAUCAUGUGAUCAAACUCAUUGGAAAUUGAGACAAGACACUGAUCUGGGGCCAUUUCCAAGUCUAAGCGGUGACCAUGGGCCUUGGGUUUUAGAAAAUGUUAGCUCUGAUUAUGAACGUAAAGACGAAGACAGAUAUGAAGAGCAGAUGGAAGAAGAAUUUGAAUGGAACUCCGAUGAUGACAAUAUUCCACCCACUAAUGAUAUGGAAGAAAAGUGUAACGCAUUUAUGGGAAUCCUUGCUUUUCAUCCCUACAAAGAGAUUAUCUUCUUGGAUAGAUCAUCAAGAGUAUUGGCGUAUCAUUUGAGUAGCUCUAAACUUGAAGCGUUGGGCAACUUGUUGCCAAACGGUUAUGUUACAAUGCAUGUAUAUGUGUGUAGUUCUUUUUCAUACACGCCCUGUCGGAUGAGAGAAUUGCUUCAAACUUUUAAGUAAUAAAUCCAAGAUCAUCAUAUAUCA